ACGCAGCAGAGCGCACGGCUGAGGACUCUGUACAGCGCAACUCCAACACAAAUGGAUAUUUACGUGGCUUUGUUAUCUCUCUUCUUUUUUACUAAACCAGCUCGAGCUUUUGGAUCAGAUCAAGACUACCAGAUUGAUAUCAUCAAUGAACUUGACCUGGCUAAUGCCACCUAUGGAAUUACCCAAGUGGCGGGGCUCCACAACAGCACCAAAGCCUUCCUGUUUCGAGAUGUCGGGCGGGCGGUGCACGCCCCGGCGCACAUCACGGAGAAAGUGGUGCAGCUGUUCAGGAGGAGAAGUGAGUUUACGUUCUUGGCCUCCAUCCAGCAGAAGUCGUCCACGUCGGGAGUCAUAUUCUCCAUCCACGAGUCGGAACACAGUUACUUUGAGCUGGAGAGCAGCGGGGUGAGGGAGGAGAUCCGCUACCACUACCGCUUCAAAGGCAAGCCGCGCUCCGAGUCCUUCCCCUACCGCCUCGCCGACGGCCAGUGGCACAAGAUCGCCCUCACCAUCAGCGCCACCCACCUCCUGCUGCACGUGGACUGUAACAGGAUUUAUGAGCGGGUCAUAGACCCUCCUCAGAUGGAGCUCACCGCGGGCAGCGGAGUGUGGCUCGGCCAGCACGGCCACAAGCACGGCCUGUUCAAGGGCGUUAUCCAGGACGUGAAGUUGAUUUUCGCUCCCAACGGCUACAUCACACAGUGUCCGAACCUCAACCGCACCUGUCCGACCUGCAGCGAUUUCCUGAGCCUGGUGCAAGGCAUCAUGGACCUCCAGGAGCUACUGGCCAAGAUGACCCUGAAGUUGAACUACGCCGAGUCUCGGCUGACCCAGUUGGAGGGCUGUGACUGCGAGAGGACGUGCUACGCCAACAGCGUGGUCUACCGGGACAAGGAGCUGUGGGCGGAGCCGGAGAACUGCAGGAACUGUGCGUGUAAGAACGGAGCGGUGGAGUGUCGCAGGAUCUUCUGUCCGCCGGCAAACUGCUCCGAGGACUCGGUGCCCGUUCACGUUGACGGGACCUGCUGCAAGAAAUGCAGACCGAAAUGCACCUACAGGGGCCAGACCUUCGCCGAAGGCCAGCGCUUCCUCUCCCGGAGCUGCAGGGAAUGCAAGAGCGGCCUGAUGGUGAAAGUCACGGAGACGUGCGCGGAGCUCAACUGCACCGCCGGCGACCAGAUGCUCCCCGACGGCCGGUGCUGCAACGUUUGCAGAGGUUAUGACUUCUGCGCCGAGGGACUCGUUUGCGGAGAGAACUCCGAGUGCAAAAACCGGAAUACGAAAGCCGAGUGCGAAUGCAAGGGGGGCUACGCCUCCAUCCACGGGGACGCCACCUACUGCGACGAUAUCGACGAGUGUGCGACCCAGAUGCAUUACUGCCAGUCCAACACGGUGUGUGUCAACCUGCCCGGCAGCCAUCGCUGCGACUGUCUGACCGGCUUCAUCAGAGUGGACGAGUACUCCUGCACUGAGCAUGACGAGUGCACCAGCGGACCACAUUUGUGUGACGGGAACGCCAUCUGCACCAACACCAUCAGAGGACACCUGUGUACCUGCAAGCCGGGCUACGUGGGCAACGGCACCAUCUGCAGGGCUUUCUGUGAGGAGGGGUGCAGGAGCGGCGGGACCUGCGUGUCUCCCAACACGUGUGUGUGUCCCUCGGGAUUCACAGGGCGGCGCUGUGAGACAGAUAUCGACGAGUGCGCAGAGGGCCUGAUUGAGUGCCACAACCACUCCCGCUGUGUCAACCUGCCCGGCUGGUACAACUGUGAAUGCAGGAGUGGUUUCCAUGACAAUGGCUCCUACCUGCUCGGCGGCAGCUCCUGCAUUGACGUUGACGAGUGCGGUGUGCAGACGCACAGCUGCUGGAACGACAGCGUGUGCGUGAACCUCCCGGGGGGCUACGACUGCGUGUGGGCCGGGCCGGGCUGCGGCGGCGACUGCCCGCAGGAGGAGGAGGAGGUCCGGCGCAACGGAGAGGACUGGAGGCCCGGCUUCGACCGCUGCGCCGUCUGCUCCUGCAAGGACGGGCAGACGUACUGCAGGAGGAGAGCCUGCGACUGCGCAGACGCGGACGUGGACCUGUCCUGCUGCCCCGGCUGCGACAGCAGGCCCAGCAGCCAGUGUCUGGACCAGGGCGGCCGCACGCUGCACCGCAGCGGGACGGCCUGGCUGCACGGCUGCCAGCAGUGCCGCUGCAUGGAGGGGGCGGUGGACUGCUGGCCUCUGGUUUGCCCCGCGUUGGCGUGCGAGUACGCGGCGGUGGCGGAGGGCGAGUGCUGCCCGCGCUGCGUCGCCGACCCCUGCCUGGCCGACGACCUGUCCUACGACAUCCGGCAGACGUGUCAGGACCCGGCGGGCGCCGUCCGCCUCGGCGGAGACACGUGGCACAUGGCCAACUCGCCCUGCGCCACCUGCGAGUGUAAGAACGGGAACGUCUGCUGCUCGGUGGAUCUCGACUGCCUGCAGAACAACUGAGGCCGCCGCCCUCCUCGCCGCGGGACUGCCACGCCCCCUUCCCCCCCCCCCCCAUCUGACGACUCCCCCCUCGGAUUCAUGAAGCAGACUCACGCGCACACACACACGUGCAUGCCAGCGUGUGCACCGGACGGACCGAGCGGUUGAGCCCGUGACGCCGUAACUCGACCGAGUGAGCGAGCGAGGGAGCGAGGGUGUGUGUGAGUGAUUGUGUGGCUCAGGCAGACACGCUCACCAGUCACUUUGUUGUGUACAUGUCUUUGUGUCGUUCCCAUCGUGUCACUAAAUGUCUUGAGGAAAUCUGUCCCGAAAACCCCGAAACGGAGACGCGGCGCUCAGCAGCUGGACAGACGUGGAGCUGCAGCGCCUGGAGCCGGUCGCCACCGGAACAUUCAUGAUUGAGAAAUGGACAACCUGUCGGUCACAAGGUAGCCACGCCCCCAACACACGCCCUGCUUCAUGGUUAUUUUACUUGGACUGUGAUUUCGUGGAUGGACAUCAAGAAGACUUGAAACCAUAAACACAUUUUUAUCUUAUAUCUUGUUUAAUGUAAUAAACAUUUAAUUUCCUCAACGACUUUUAUACAAUCUGAAAAGAAAAAAAAAGUCAAAGCGAACAAAGCUACUGUAGAAGAGAAGAACAUUCAUAAUCCUCCAUAAUCGUUUGAUGCAUUUACAUAUUUAUGCUUUUUACGGCUGGACAUGCAAACAAAUCGAAGGGUGCGGAACUUUUUCUUUACACGCUAAAUAUAUAUAUAAAUGUUUUACUACCGACAAAAUGACAUUCAGCAUACAUGCAUCUACAAACAGACGAGGUCGGCCUCUCCCACAGGGACUGGACCCAUCUCCAAAUGAAACCGGGAAUUUUGAAAGACCCGUUAGGUGAUGUCACCCCCCCCCCCUCCCUCACCUGUUAGUCAUGAGUCCUCCAGUAAUACAGCGCCCCCCCUCCCACCAUUCUGUCGCAUUACGUCUCGUCUCGAGGAUAUUUUGUUCCACACUCACCCCCCAGGAGCCGCGACCCCUCUGACCUCUCGGCCGCCACGUCCUUUCUGCCCUUCGUGUGUGUGUGUCUCCUCUGUCGUCACAACAGCUCUUGUAAAACUGAAAUCGUCAACUGUGCACAAAGUACAAACACACACACACACACACAAUGUCUGUAAAUGGUAUCCGUGCCCGUCAAAGAGGAAGCAGGCGUUUGUACAAAGGGCUGUUGCCGAAAACAAAGUUUUCAGAUUGCUGUUGAUUGAUUUGAUAAGAAUGACGACUAUAAAAAAAAAACAUUUUUACAUACCUGACAAUAUACAAUUAUACAGUUUUUUAAUUCUCAUUGUGUUCAUGAAUAACGUUGAUUGAUUUCAGUGGACUACUUGUGUUCUUCCUUUGUGUGCGAUAGGUCCAGUUCUGCUGUACAUAGUGUGUAAAGUGACGGGUUCUGUCCAGAGAGUCCGACUUUGUGAAUACGUGUCACUCGCACAGCUUCUUAGGGCCGAGCAUUGCAAGAAGCAACAUUUCUAUUGUUUCUACUAUUUGUUUAUUUUUCUAUUCUUGCCUUAACCCUUUUAGUAUCGGUCAUCGUUUUCUGUCUUUUCAGUUUUAGGACGACCUCGUGGAUUGGACUAGCCUCUGUGUGUGUGUGUACAGAUCUCUGAUCAGUGUUCCCUCAAUAAAAGCUGAGAAGUGGAUUUUGGGAUUCAGAAUGAGCGUCGACCGGGAACAGACCCUAACCCACCCCGCAUCUUUGUUUAUUUUGUAUUCCCCCCGCCCGCCACCCCUUAAAAACACGUCUAUUUGAACUGAACUGAAAAAUCUCUUGUACACAUGUAGAAAAAGAAAAGAAGAAAUCUAACGUUGACAUGACAUUGUUGUUAUUGAUUCUGUUCCUACUCCCAGAACAACCACAGAACCAUUGUGUUCCUCCUUACUGUGGGUCCGCCUUUGUUCUUCUUCAUGUUAGAGAUCGAGGAGCGCUUGCUGUACUCAAAGGGUUAAGUGUCAUUGUGUCGUGAUGAGAGCUUGCUGUAAACAAAAAAAGAGGGGGAAAAAGUUAUUCGGUUAAUAAAUAUUUUAGUUGUUUACUUUA